ACAAAUUAAGAUAAAACCUGUCAAUCAUUACAAUGAAUCGUAGUACGCAAAAAUCUUUUCAUUAGAUCAAAAGUUAUGCAAGUUUUUUUUUUUUCACUUUUUAAGGAAAGUCGAAUUCCUUGAACAAUUUUUAAAUGUAACUUUUCAAUUUAUUAGAUUUCUUCAAACUUGAAAAAGUACGCAUUUCAACUUAGAAAUUCUGUAACUUUAUUCCACAAAACUGGAUGAAGUUACACCAAGAUUUAACGCUCUCGGAUGUUUUUUACAUAUUCCAACAUGGGAAAGAUAGAUGAAGAUGAGCAAAACGACUCUUAUAGAAGAUUAUCUCAGAACGAAGGAAACGAUACUCUUGCUAAUUAUGGAUCUUGUGAACUUAAUGUAGACAUAGCAGCAUCAGGUCAUAUAGAAAAUGAAUUCCAGGUGUUUAGUAGAGAAAGAAACUAUCGCGUUCCGAAACGAUAUAUCUUCUCAAUGCUCUGCUUCACUGCCUGCUGCCUUUCAGCUUCGCAUAACAUGGAUUUAAGUAUAGCAAUUGUUUCCAUGAUUCAAUUACAAGGUAACGAUACAAGUAUGACUACAAAACUGCAAUCGAACACACAAGAUUAUGAAAAAGUGCUAAACACUUCUAAUGUAAGUAAACUUCAGAAUCUCAGAAGCCACUCAAAUAACAUAUUUAAGAAUCUAUAGAGCCUAGAAUGAAGCCUAAAAUUUGAAUUAUGCAA